AUGGCCUUGCGCACUACUGUAGCCGCGUUCGUUGCCCUCGCUAUCGCCUCGCCCUUGUCAUUUGGCCCAAGCGCCGAAACGGCCGCUCAGAGAGGACCUCAAAUCUUCAACUCAGUCCAUGACUCACUACGUAAAUGGGGCAGUACAGUUCACCCAAAUGGAAUGUCCUUGUAUCUAGCCACGAUUCCUGAAGGUGUGCUACUUCACCACGGGAAUGGACGAAACGAGACUCCAACGAGUCUGGACUGGCUUGCCUAUGAAAUCGAACACGCUGAGAUGUUUGCUCGCUCAGGUCGCCCAGGGCCCCCGGGGCCUCCAGGGGGUCGGGAAGAACUGCGUAAGAGAGAGAGUGAUCAAGUGCAGCUUCUCAAUCCAAGCAUAGAGCCCACAGAGAGCAUGCACGGCUGGCUUCAUACAUUUAAAACUACACGACCGCUUCAGUUCCUUUAUAUUGACGGUAUGAGCGGCGACAAGGGAAAUACAGGAGUUAUUGACUCGCAGGACUACCUGCUUCGUGGUGUGCGCAAACACAGGAAGGGCUCUCAGGUAGAAGAGAAGCUUGAGACUAAACCUCCAGGGCCACCAGGGGAGUUCAAGAGAGCACAAGAUCUUUGCGACCUCUGCGCCGAAUGGCGGUUGGAGGGUGUCAUCCGAGCCGAGGGCGCUGGCUUUGAGGUUAUCAAAUGUGACUUCUCAUCGGGUAUGGAGCAAGUCCAGUCUUUGCAGCGGGCAGACUCGCAGAGAGGACCUCCUCGAGAUCAUGGGCCAGGCGAUGGAGGCCACCGAGGCCCUCCUAGAGGGCCACGGCAAGGACCUCAUCCUCCGCCCAACUACCGCGAUAUUGGGCCUGGUAGGACUAUCUUGGAUUACUCAUCCAUGGUCUCGGCUUUCUUUUUCCCAGUCAACCUGACGAAUCCCGGCAGUAACUAUGCGGACCUCCCACGGCUUACUGGCACCACCGAGGAGGAGAUGUCGGCUAUAAGAGGAUAUCUUGCUACGGUACUAGAUGCGAGAAUAGCCAGUCCGCUGGAGCCUUUCACCUGGAGAGACGUUUCUGAUCUUAUUGUCCACCGCUAUGGAGACGAGAUCUCAUCUAUAGCCAACAGUUCAGACUCAACAGAAACCGUAGCAAGCCGCAUCCGCUUUCUUGUUGAAGUCUUUGUUGACUACGCGACGCCAGACAAGGAUGUGCGGAUAAGCCAAGCCCACAAGCGAUGUUCAACCUUCUACAUCCAGACGAUGCCACUUAACACCGAUGCUGACAAGCUGAUUUACGCUGGUUUUGAAGCUGUAAACGCUGAGAUAUGUACAGCUCUGUUCAAAGCCCGAGAGCUUCUCGGUGAAAACGGUGCAGAUGCUGACUCUGCGUCUUUGGAGGAAAUCAGAGACACUAUGAAGGCUUUAAAGAUGUUUUUGUCGUGGAGCGAUUACAUGGGCAAGGAAGAUUAUAGAUUUCCCUGA